AUGUUGCCGAGUCAAGUUAAGAUAGAUAAGAAUCCAUACCCCGAAAGUGUGUUAAAUGAGUUUAACUCCGAGUGGAACGGGUUCGUUGACUCAAGGGAUCAUGAACCUGAUCAUGACCAUGAUUCCUCCGAUAAUAAAUUAAAUAACCCUAAAAACUCAGAUGUAUACUUCAAUUCCUAUUCAUAUAUUGGAAUCCACGAGGAAAUGCUCAAAGAUUCCGUAAGAACAGGUAUUUAUUUCAAGUCAGUUAUGACUAACCAGCACCUCUUUCGAGAUAAAGUUGUUCUGGAUAUCGGAUGCGGAACAGGAAUUUUAUCUCUUUUUUCUGCAAAGGCAGGAGCAAAGAAAGUCUACGCCAUAGAUAACAGUAGCAUCAUCGAUUUGGCACGAAAAAUCACCAAAGCCAACGGCUUGUCCGACAAGAUUGUGUACAUUAAAUCAAAAGUUGAGGAUUUGGACGAAAACACGAUUGAGCCAGUGGACGUGAUUAUAAGUGAGUGGAUGGGAUACUUUCUCCUCUAUGAAAACAUGAUCGAGUCAGUUUUAUACUGCAGAGACAAGUAUCUUAAACCUGGAGGACUAAUCUUCCCUGACCGUGCCAGGAUAUAUAUCUCAGCUAUAGAAGAUCAUGAAUACAAGGCUGAAAAGUUCGACAAGUGGGAUGAUACCUACGGCCUGGACUUCUCGUUGGUGAAGGAACACUUAAUGGAGGAGGCGUUGGUGGAUUUUGUGGAUGAAAAGUCUCUGGUUACAAGCUCUUAUUGUAUAUUUGAUGUCAAUCUAAACAACUGUACUGUUUCAGACACUGAUUUCUGUUCUAAUUUCGUUCUUGUUUCUGAGAGGAGAGAUUACGUCCAUGCCUUUGUUUUCUGGUUCGACGUUACUUUUGGCUCCUGCGAUAAACCUCUCACUUUAACAACUAGUCCUAAAUCAAAGUAUACUCACUGGAAGCAAACUGUACUAUACAUUGAGGAGGUGUUAAACCUCCAGGAAAAUGACUUAAUAAAUGGAAUCAUCGCCGUUAAAAAGAAUAAGGAUAAUCCUAGGGACGUUGACAUUAAGCUUAGCUAUCAGAUAAAUGGUAUUUUUCCUCCUUUAAUUUAUCUUUAG